AUGGUCAAACGUCUCUUCUUCACGCUCGAAGAUGCAAAGAUCUCCUUCAGCUUCUUCGGCCGCAUGCGCGGCGUCGGGACGCCUGCGAGCGCGCCGGCCAACUUGCCCGCGCCGGUCCCGUGCUCGGCGCACUCGCGACUGGCCUCAUGGCGCUCGCUAACAUUUACGCGUCCGUGGCCAUGUCCAAAGUACUGCCACCGCUCCGAGAGCUCCAAGGCGCUUUGGGCCGCGUUCGCGGGCCGUAUGGGUACGCUCAUUGCCGACGGGUUGGGCAUUGCCAUUAAUGCGCACGGCAUGCGCGACCACCCGUCGGUGCCGCCGCCCGAGCUGAGCUCCGCCUCAAUGGGCACUGUCGUGCUCGCGUACAUUGCCAUGCAAAUGCACGUCACGAUCGCCUUCGCCGUGCUCAUUAACCCGGCGUUCUACAUUGCCGAGCGCCUCGUGCUCGGCAUGCACGAGAAGAGGCGGUCGAGGUGGAAACCGGUUUGGCGUUUCACGAAUCCGGCCCCUGGGCUGCCCAAGACGAGCGAAGUGUCCGCAGUGAGCGCCACGUCCAGUCGUCGCCUGCGGACGUCCGUGUUCCCGCUCACGGGCGAGCUCACCAACGACCACGAGCUCGAAGCGGCCGAGUACCGCGGCGCGAACGCGAUCAAGUACAUUGUGCUGCGCCUCGCGAUCAUUGUCGUGCUCGUGGUGCUGUCCAUUAUCUUUGCCGACUACUUUUCCGACUUUGUCGACUUUGUGGGCGCGUCGGCCAUCACGGCCAAUUGCAUUGUGUUGCCGACGAUUUUCUACCCAUGA